UACUCGUAAUUCAGUAUCCAAGCGAUUAUCGCCAAGAAAGCAUCUACUGCUUUACUUUACACCGCAUUUAGUGUUAUCGCGCGUGAUCACAUCAUCGUUUACGCGUGUGUAGUCUUGUAUUCUGUAAAUUGUCGUAUUUCCGCUAAUAUUUGAUUUUUCAUCAGUUUCAAUCGUCUUCAAGGCGAAAUUAUUGCGACCAUGUAGCCUAUAACAUAAAUGAAAAAUUCGACAUAUUCACAACAGAGCGAUCCAGAAUCAGAUAAUAGCGAUCAAUUUGUAGAAAGUGUUUGUUAAUAAAUUUUACAGUACGACAUAGAAGAAAACGUUCGAUACGUUAAAAAUGAAAAUUAUCGAACGGAAUAGAAAAAGGGGCUUCCAUGUUUGUAAGAACGUGAACAAUUUCACUGCAAUUCAGUAAUCAUUCUGACAGUUGAAUGUAUUCUGAAUAAAGAAUUGCAUUCCUAAUUAAAUUUCAAGUGAGCAUAAUCCAAGAUAUGAGUUAUUAAAAAGAAACAAAAGAGAAAACCGAGCUCUAUAUGAGACCAGAACCGAAUUCGGUUGUUUACUUCGAAGCUUGAGGAACGCGCAAGGACAUGAAAUCAUUGGGUGAAAAUACGAGCUCGCUUUCUCAACAAUCGUCUUUUGUCUAACGUGACGUCAAAUUCAAAGUUCAUCGGUAGCCAAACUGUUCCACGUUUUCGUCUAAUUAUCAAUAAUCAUAGACGGCGAGCGACGUUAAAAACUGUAGUAGCAAGCGUUUAUAUUGGAAUAUUCCCAUUUUCGUGAGCGCAGGUUCCGAGGAAUUGAGCCUUAACGUGCUUGAGAGGCACACUGGGAGUAGAUAGCCGAACAUCGGUGGUGCUUGAGAGGUACACUUGGAGCGUUAAGGGUUGAACUUGUGACCGCCGUAAAGCAGCCGCAUAUGCCAGAAUCGAACAAAGAAAUUUAACAACUUGUUAUAAUUACCGAAUAUGUUGAUAACGCCAGCGUGAAAUAAGUUUAGAUAGAUGAAAAAGAAAUCGCAAGAAUAGAAGUAAAAUGGAUGUGGGAAGCAUUGCUUUGGGGGGGAUGACAUCAGGACUGACCCAAUCGAUGUGCUGGAUACUUCUAACUAUAUUUUUAUAUAUCAAGUAUGCGGUUGACGAUUACGCUGCGAAGAAUGUCCCUUCCGGAGCACUAAUGUCGUCUUACGAUUUCAUAAUUGUAGGCGGUGGUUCUGCAGGAUCCGUCCUAGCGAAUCGCUUGUCCGAGAUAGAAGAUUGGAACGUGCUCCUUUUGGAAGCAGGUGGUGAUGGAUCAGAAAUCUAUGAUAUUCCUGUUCUUGCUGCUAAUCUGCAGUUAACCCAAAUCGAUUGGAAAUACAAGACGGAACCUAAUAAGAAUUUCUGUCGAGCGAUGGAAGGAGGUCAAUGCAACUGGCCACGUGGCAAAGUGAUCGGAGGGACCAGCAUGCUAAACUACAUGCUCUACAUUCGUGGUAAUAAAAAAGACUACGACACGUGGGAACAGCUAGGCAAUACCGGAUGGUCCUACGACGAUGUGCUACAAUAUUUCAAAAAAUCUGAAGAUAAUCAAAAUCCUCUCCACGCCGAGACGCCGUAUCAUUCAACCGGAGGUUACCUAACCGUUCAAGAAGCGCCAUGGCACACUCCCUUGGUCACUGCGUUUAUCAAAGCAGGUCUAGAAAUGGGUUACGAAAACAGAGAUAUCAAUGGAAAACGACACACUGGAUUCAUGGUUGCUCAAGGGACGAUCAGAAAUGGCAGACGGUGUUCCACGGCGAAGGCUUUUCUACGACCAAUCAGGACGCGGAAAAAUUUACACGUCGUCAUGGGAGCUCAUGUUACGAAAAUUUUAAUAGAUCCGUCGUCGAAAGUGGCUUAUGGCGUAGAGUUUGUUAGAGACGGAGAAAGGUUGCGCGUUCGUGCGAAAAAGGAGGUGAUCGCUUCCGCGGGAUCUAUCAAUAGCCCUCAGUUGCUGAUGUUGUCGGGAAUCGGACCUAAAGAACAAUUAUUGAAACACGGCAUACCAGUGAUUCAGGAUUUAAAAGUGGGUCAUAAUCUUCAAGAUCACGUAGGUGUGGGAGGUGUUGCGUUCUUGGUGAACGAAGAAAUUGCGUUGGUGGAGAGCAGGAUGUAUAAUAUUCAGGAUAUGCUAGGAUAUGCGAUUUUUGGAGACGGUCCUUUGACAUUGCUAGGAGGUAUCGAAGGAGUAGCUUUUAUCAAUAGCAAAUUCGUGAACGGUUCUGACGAUUUCCCAGACAUAGAACUGCUUUUGGCGGCAGGAGGGGCGUGCUCCGACGGCGGUAGAAAUAUGUGGAAGGUUCAUGGACUGACCAACAAAUUUUACGAUGCCGUGUUUGGGGAAAUUAGUAAUAAAGACGUAUGGUCCGUGAUUCCUAUGCUUCUAAGACCAAAAAGUAAAGGUUUUAUCGCACUUCGAAGCAGCAAUCCUUUCGAUUAUCCGUUGAUUUAUCCAAACUACUUCGAGCAACCGGAAGAUAUGGCGACGCUGAUCGAAGCACUCAAAUUUGUGUUUGAAAUGAGUAAAACUAGCGCGUUUCGACGUUAUGGUAGCAAAAUGAAUCCUAAACCAUUCCCUGCUUGCAAAAAUAUUUCCAUGUAUACCGACCCAUACUGGGAAUGCAUGAUUAGAGAGUACUCCAUGACUAUAUAUCAUCCCACGGGUACCUGUAAAAUGGGGCCCAAUUGGGACCCAGAAGCUGUGGUGGAUCCUCGGCUCCGAGUUUACGGAGUUGCUCGACUCCGAGUCAUAGAUGGCUCGAUUAUGCCAAAUAUAGUUAGUGGUAAUACCAAUGCGCCGAUUAUAAUGAUCGCAGAGAAAGGUUCAGAUAUGAUAAAAGAGGAAUGGCUGAAGAAUGAGGUCUGAUAUCAAUAGCUCUUUUCGUAAAUUAAUUUAAAGCGAGUGCUGGUAGUUCAUUAAAUACUAGAAUCUUACAAUCUUCAACACAACAUAAGUUUUCGCUACUAAUUUCUAUUACGUAAUACAAUGCUUAACAUACAAACCAUAGGUGCAGUCUUUGAAUCAGUGCAGAUCUGUUGAAAAAAGUUAACCGCAACAUUGAUCUUGAGCGCGAUUUCCAAGGAAAAAUAUUCUUACUGCAUCUUGUAGUAUUUAUUACGAGGAAUAAGCUUGGAAGGAAAUAUGGAUCGCGAAUGAACUCAUGGUUUUUAACACUUAGCCAACCGCGCGCGCCACAACGAACUAUACGUUUCCAACGCGCAAUUUUCUAAGUAUCGAAGAUUAAUAUUUACUACUUAAAACACAAAGAAGUCUGAAAAUUAUUUAUACAAUUAUCUUUAUAAAAUAUAAGUCAAUUAUAUUUUGCGGUAAUGAUUUUAUUAAACGACUUCAUAUAUUGUUUGUACAAAACAUGAAAUUAAAAGUAUAUAUUAAAAGUAUAAAAAAAUAUAGGUACAAUUAAAAAUUCAUAAUGCAUUUUAAUAUUUUUUUACAGUGUGGUAUCUAUCUAUAAUAGAUCUCUAUCUCUUAUCUAUAAUAACUUAUUAUCUUAUACUUAUUAUAAAUAUUUAGCCAUGUCACUGCGCCACGCCAGAAAAAAUUACUGAAAAUUCUCAAUGCGGGAAUUGAUUGUAAAUAUUAAUAAAUAAAAGAAAAAAGAAAGUGUGAUAUCGUUCGAUUAUAACUUCAUUUAGUCAUAACUGAUAAUGUAACUUUUGAAUUAAUUUUAAAACCACUAAAUUGAUGUAUUUUAUUAUAUACUGUACUUAUAAAAGCAGAAAAAGUGGCGCAAUUGAUUGGGAACAAUUCCAGGUAAACAAUAACUGAAAAUAACAAAAAAAAAAAAGAAAAGGCGUUGAUAAAGUCAACAAGGGAGAUCUCCCUAUUCGGUCGGCUAAGUGUUAAGUAUUUUUUUUGUACUCGUCCAUGAUCAAAUAUGGUCAUGUUCGCCUUCUCAGGCACCCCCUUUUCCGGAAGAGCCACGGACGCGUCGCUGCGCCCGAUGUCUUAUGGGAAUUUGCCAUCCCUUCUGGCCCGUCAGCAUUUUCACUUGUACUUUCACUAUGUAGUUUGUACUUCGUACAAGUUCAUCGUCAACCUACACGAUUAUUUCACGAUAUUACACUAAUGACACAGUGACGUAAUAUCUUACGCUGCUAAUGGCGCAUCGUCAUCAAUCAUACAAUUUCCAUUACUAGAACUACUGUAUAAAUAAAACAUCUUCUUGAGUGACAAUUAUACUAAUGUAAGUGUAAAAACGAUUAGAAUGUAGUUGAACUCUGCAGCUGUACAACGGUAUAAGAGAUAAAGGAAUUACGUUUCUAAUGACAUCGCAUGUCAAUAUUGACUUCUUAGAAAACUUCUUUUCCACUCUUCGAAUGCACAAUAUAAUCACGUGUACUAAUUAUACGAAGAACGGAAAAGAAGUUUUCUAAGCAAUCAAUAUUCACACGCGAUGUCAUUAGAAACGUAAUUCCUUCUUCUUUUAAAUCGUUGCACAGCUGUAGAGUUAAUUCCCAUUCUAUUAUACUUAUCUAUAAUAAGUAUUAACUUAUUAUAAAUAAUUAGCCAUGUUACUGCGCCACGCCAGAAAAAUUACUGAAAAUUCUCAACGCGAGAAUUGAUUGUAAAUUUUAAUAAACAUAAAGAAAAAAAAAAUUUCCAUUCUAAUCGUUUUUUCGAAUCAUCCGCCGUGUUAGGAUAAAAUCGUGAAAGCGUACGCUUAUUUGCGUUGGCAUCACGGGCGCAUCUACUGUUUUUAAUUUAUCAAAUAAAUCAUUGAAAGUUUCAAAGAAA